AUGUCUACUGGAAAGAAGGUGAACCUCAAUUCGGUUAAAGAGUUGAAAAAUGCCGUGGAAGAGCAUCUUCCUGUGGUUUUUGGCCACUACGGCUAUGAGCAGUCGUUCACAUUGAUAGAUAUAAAACUUGGCCUUGGACUUGUUACUGUGGCCAUUGCUGGGUUCCUUUUCUGGCUAGACAAGAACUACUCGUUCAAUGACUCGUACUAUGUGAUUGCAGGCUCGGUGGCGUUAUACUUUGUGAUUAGUACUGUGUUACUAUACUUUACUUCUGGUCCAGGCUACAAGAACAACAAGUAUGUGGGUAAGAAGAAGAAGGACACGAUUGCAGUGUUUGCAUGGACGACGAAGUACGAUCCGAUUUAUAAUGUGAAGGUGGUGCUUAAUGGCAACGAGCAGGGAGCUGUGACCAAGGAGAUUCCAUUCAAUAAGAUAUUUGACCAGUUCGGGUACUUCAACCAGGACGCUGCCGUCCAGGAGUUUGGCGACUUGGUCGAGAAGAAGAGCCAAUGA